ACAAGUUGGAACUUUCACCCUUUACCAGGAGAAGACGACUGAUAUUCUUGCAGUAAUGCUCAACCCUGAAGCAAGGAGAGGCGUGAGGACCAUCGGACAACUGAAAAGCAGAGUCGAAGAACUUAAGAACCCUUGGAGACAAAGUUCUCCUUUGGUUCUGAAUUACAAUGAGUCCGCACGCUUGGCUACGGAUGCUUUGGUGGAACAAGGGGAGAAGGCAUAUCUGCAGGCUCUCAGUGACGAGAAAGAGUUGCCCUUUCUAUCCUCCUUGGACAUCGACUAUAUCUACAACAGUACAAAUAACAAUAAGUCGGAAGAUGCCUUGUUGGACAAGGACGGGGACGGCUCUGGAUUUCCCGACAGCUGUCCUUCUGAGCUGACGUCCGGCACUUAUUUCCCUAUGAUGUCUGACAUCGAGACACCUAAUCUGGAGCUUGGCUGGCCCGAAGUUCCGCUUCUCACCCGCAGCAAAGGAACAGAAGUGCAAGUGAUCUUCCAAAGACACCGCAACAACUGCAUCAAAGAUCUGAUCAGAUCCCUCCUCAACAAAGCAAAAUCCGUCAUCGCAUUGGUCAUGGAUCUUUUCACAGAUGUAGACCUCCUAUGUGAUCUGAUAGAAGCAGCAAGUAAAAGAAGAGUCCCCGUGUACCUGCUGCUCGAUGAGAAGAACCUCACAUACUUCAUAGAGAUGUUUGAGAAGUUGGGAUUCAAUAAAGUUCAAAUACCUAAUAUUAAGAUCCGCACUAUAAGUGGUGACACAUACUGCACAAAGUCUGGGAAGAAAUUUUCCGGGCAGUCGCUGGAGAAGUUUCUGUUGAUUGACUGUGAGCAUGUCCUUGCUGGUUCCUACAGUUUCAGCUGGCUUUCAGGUCACGUCCACAGCAAUAUGGCCACCUACUUCAAAGGGAAUAUAGUAGAAGAGUUUGAAAAAGAAUUCCGAUGUCUGUAUGCGGACUCACUAGAGAAUGAAUACUUUGCUAAUCUAGAAAACGAGAACAGCAAGCCAUUUGGGUCUACGCCCACGAGGAACCGAUGGAAACCAAUAAAAGUUACUUCUCCACCACCUCUGGCUCUUCAACGUUCAAUCCAAUCUGACAGUAACUCCAGCACAGACAGCCAGAAUAGUAUAAAGACGCCACCCUUUAGUACCAACCAGGCGGUCACAGUCAUUCGUGAAGAAAAACCAGUGAUGUCAAGGUAUUACCAAAGAAACUCUAAUGAUAAACCUGAGGAGAGAACUAAGCUAAAGGUGGAAUCGCCCAAAGACCAGAGGCGACAGUCAGUUCCUCACGAUCUACAUAACCUUUCAACCAUGCACAAACAGGCACUUUCCAAAUCGACCCCGGAUCUGAUCGACACACCGUCCACUAUUAGAGCCAAGCUAGAAAGUUCUCCGAACAGACUAAAUCCUCAAAACAAGAUAUCGCCAAGAAUGAAGAGUGACGUGGCAAUAAAUAAAGGGAUAAACCACGACAGCACGCCAACAAGUAAGGCUACGUUGGCUGAUAGCAAAAGGGAGGACACUACCAGAGACUUUAAAAGAAUGACCCUCGGACAUAGUAAAUUAGACCUGAUCACAAAAGUUAAUAACAAGUUACUAGAGAAUAAGCUGUACAGUCGCUUUCAGACUCAGCCCAUGUAAUGGAAAGACCUUCUAACCAACAGAAAUGACAAGAUGUUGGGAAAUGACGUAAUGGUUCUAUUACUGCAGACGGCCUGUGCCUUGGAUCUGUGAAUCCAUCUAUGAACCAUCUCAUAUUCAUCUCUUGAGUGUAUUCCUAUUAUGAGAUGAGGUUUUAGAAACUAAUGACCUUACAGACGACCUCGCCCAUCUACCAAGAUUCCAGUUUUAGAAUACCAUGCCUGAAAAAUCCUUCACGCCCUGCCUGUGUUUGGUAGGAUUCCUUUAAAAAGGGGUAGUCCAGGGCUGAAAGCGAUGUCAUAAAAGUGUUCAUGUUGGCUUAAAGGUGUACUCCACUGGCAACAUUUAGUUCCGAACGCUGUUUUCGCGCUGGGGAGGUGGGGGGCAGGGUGUCGGCCACGCCCCUUGUGACGUCACGGGCUUGCCCACUCAGUGCAAGUCUAUGUUUUUGAAGCCCGGGCCCAGGGGGACUUAAAAAAUUUACGCCGCAGUUCUCCUUAAAAGGGGUGCUCCGGUGGAAAACUUUUUUUUAAAAUGAACUGGUGCCAAAAAGUUAAACAGAUUUGUAAAUUUCUUCUAUUAAAAAAUCUUUAUCCUUCCAGUACUUAUUAGCAGCUGUAUGCUACAGAGGAAAUGUUUUGCUUUUUGUUUUGUCCACAGUUGCUCUCUGCUGACACUUCUGUCCGUGUCAGGAACUGUCCAG